AUGCUGCCGCUGUUCGCGCUCGCCAUACCGCUCUCAAGCGACACAGAACCACCCUCAGACGAACCGCCGCUGCUUCCGCCACGCAUCGACACGGAGCCACCACUCGAUACGGUACUACUGCCACUAACCACGGACACGGACCCCGACGUACUGUCGCUCGAGUCCCCACUUCCCAACGUCACGCCGCCAGACGCGUCUGUUCCCGAAGCGCCACUCAUCACAUCCACGGACCCGCUGGCACUACCAGAAGUCGAACCCACCGUUACGUCGCCACUGACAGCGGACGCAUCGUCUCUUCCUCCGCUUAACACGGACACCGACCCGCCCUUAGCGACGCCAGCACCACCUGACACAAAUACCUCGCCACCGGCAUUGUCUCCAGCAGAACUGCCACCGGUUAGUCGAACGGCGCCUGCCACAGCUCCUGUAGAAGGCGAUGUCGACAACAAGGAAGCUCCGCCCGUCAGCAACACGUCACCUGCCGCGGAUUCAGAGCUGGACCCACUGCGCACGUCAACAUCGCCGCCGUCAGCCACCGAAGAACCAACCCACAAGUUGAUGCUUCCUGCGGAUGAGCUGCUGCUCGUCGCCGAACCGGACAAGACAUGCACAUCGCCCGACACCACGCCAUCUGCACUCUGCAGCCGCACAUCGCCACUGCUGCUCGAGCCUUCUCCGCUUCGCAGCUCCACUGAAGCACCAGGGCCCGACACGCUCUCGCCGCCGGACACCUUCACACUGCCUCCCGUCGCACCAGCACCACUGGCCAAAGCCAACGCACCACCCGCAGCAACAGUGCUACUACCGCCGGUGACGCUCACAAGCCCACCGGUACCUGCAGCCUCGCCACCGAACACGCUCACCGACCCGCUCGAAAGAGCAGGCGACGCGCCAGACGCGAUAGCUACAGCGCCAGACGAACCGCUUGCCGUCGACCCACUCAACAGCGACACCGACCCGCUCACAGUCGUGCUUGCGCCGCCUUCAGACCCGAGCGUCACCGACCCGCUCUCUGAUGUCAAACCGUCGCCGCUCAAGAUCGUCACGCUGCCGCCUGUCAACGACCCCGACGCACCGCCCAACACAGACACCGCGGAGCCUUCACCAUUCAUGGAAGAGCCACCAGACACCUCGAUCGAGCCAGUACUAGCAUCACCGGACCCGCUGCCGAUACGAAUGGACCCACUAGACACGCUGCUAGCGCUAGUGCGCACCUCGAUGCCACCACUGGAACCACCGGACAUGACGCUCGUGAACACACGCACGUCACCGCUGCUCACAGCACCACCGCCGCUUGUCAACAGCACCGCACCACCCACAGUGGACGCAGACGACCCGCCAUCAAUGGACACGUCGCCUCCUGCUCCUUGCGCGUUCGCAGAACCAAUAAUCUUCACCUUCUGCGCUGCGUCCACGCUGGCCACACUGCCGCCACGCAACUCCACAUCGGCACCAACAGCACUGCUGUCGCCCUGGACGAGGCUCAGGCUGCCGCCAGAGCCACUGCGGACAAACACGCUGCUGCCGGACGCACUGCUUCCGGAGUCGCCGCUCGACACAGUCACAUUGCCGCCGACGCCACUCGAUGACGAACCGCCAGACACACGAACUGCUCCGCCAGACCCGCUCGACGACGAAGAACCACCGCUCACGUCCACGGAUCCGGAAGAUCCCGUGUGCGACCUACCGCCACUGACGACAACAUUGCCUCCCGAUGCCGCCGCGCCGCUAGGCCCGCCCACAACGUUCACUGAGCCCCCGGACCCUGUGCUGCUAGAGCCGCUGGACACACGCACUGCGCCGGAACCGCCAUCGAUCGCGUCGCCAGACACAAUCGACACCUCACCAGAACCAGACACAGCGCUAGCAGCACUGCUCCCAAUCGACACAGCACCGCUCGACACACUACCAGCACCACUAGACACAGACACCGCACCGCCUGUCGAGGAGCUACUAAAGCCACCCGACACAAGCACGCGGCCUGCCAUUGCAGCCGCACUGCCAGACUGCAUUGACACAUCGCCGCUCCCAGCCGCGUGUGAGAACCCCGAAGUUAGAGUCACACGUCCUGUUGAAGACGUGAAGGAACGCCCACUUCCAACUGACGUUGCACCACUUGAUCCUACAGCACCUGGUGUACCUCCAGCACCACUAACAACUUGA